GCCGAAGAAGCAUCAGCAGAAGAAGAAGAAGAACGACGACGUCAACAAUAACAACAAGACAUCGACAUGGCUGCCGACAGUGAUCCGGAGUCAGAAGUGUUUGAGAUCACCGACUUCACCACCGCUUCCGAGUGGGAACGGUUCGUGUCCAGAAUCGAGGAAGUGCUUAAUGACUGGAAGCUGAUUGGGAACUCUACAGGAAAUUUGACCCCUGAAAAGGGUGAAUACACCAAUGGCACCUGGGGGGAGAAGACUCAGGACAUUAAUUUUGCUGACUUUAAGUUCUGCAUAAGUCAUUACUACAUGACACAAGAAAGUGAGAAGGACAAUGGGAAAGACAAGCUCGAGGAGGAUGCCUUCCCCUUAGCGAUGCAGGACCUUCUGUGUAUGAACAAUGACUUCCCUCCUCGAGCACACUGCCUGGUCAGAUGGUACGGUAUUCGAGAAUUUGUGGUCAUCAGCCCUGGAACCAACUGCGAGGCGAUCAUCAGCGAGUCCAAAUGCAAUCUGCUUCUCAGCUCUAUUUCCAUUUCUCUGGCCAACAGCGGCUGCCAGGUGCCCAUGUUUGUGCAGAUCCAGCAGAAGUGGAGGCGGGUGUAUGUCGGAGAGUGCCAGGGUCCAGGUGUGCGCACUGACUUUGAGAUGGUCCACCUCCGCAAGGUGCCGAACCAGUACAACCACCUGUCGGGCCUGCUCGACAUCUUCAAGUCUAAGAUAGGUUGUUCUUUGUCCCCUCUACCUCCAAUCACCAUUGCCAUCCGUUUUACCUACAUUCUCCAGGACUGGCAGCAGUAUUCAUGGCCACAGCAGCCUCCAGACUUUGACACACUCCUUGGCGGUGAGGUGGGAGGAGUGGAGUUUGGGAAGAUUCCAUUUGGAGCCUGUGAGGAGCCAAUCAGUGAGCUUCAUCUUGCAACCACUUGGCCUCACCUGACCGAAGGCAUAGUUGUGGAUAAUGAUGUCUACAGUGAUCUUGACCCUCUCCAGGCUCCUCACUGGUCAGUCCGAGUCAGGACAGCCGAAAACCCCCAGUGUUUGCUGGGUGACUUUCUGACAGAGUUCUUUAAGCUCUGCUGUAGGAAGGAGUCUACGGAAGAGAUCCUGGGAAGGGGAAUGGCUGAAGAGGAGGGCAAAGAAAAUAGUGACAUCACUUCUGCUCUAUCGAAGCUGACGGAGCCAGCAGCAACAGUGCCAAUCUCCAAACUGUCUGUCUCCAACAUGGUGCACAGCGCCCGAAAACACAUCCGACGCCACCGGCGCACUGAUGAGUCACCACUCAACACUGAUGUACUCAACACUAUCCUUCUGUAUCUCUUCCCAGAUGCUGCUGUGGAGAAGUCAUCAGAAAGUAGCAAGAAUAAAACUCCACAGCCGUACACCUGUGGGAAAGGCCAGCAGAAAACCAGCCCUGAUGAUAACCUUUUCCUCCAGCUGAAGUCAGCACCCUUUGACAGUCUGACCUACCGUCUGGCUCUGUGUGCCUGUCUGGUCAACUACAACCAUGGAGGGCUGCGUGCUGUCGCUCACCUCUGGCAGGAGUUUGUCCUCGAGUUGAGAUACCGCUGGGAAAACAACUACCUCAUCUACGGACUGCCUGAGGGAUCUCCUGAUCUUCGCUGUUGUCUUUUGCAUCAGAAGCUCCAGAUGCUGAAUUGCUGCAUCGAGAGGAAGAGGGCCAGAGAUGAGGCUCGUAAGGCGCUGGAGGGAAACAAAGAGCGACAGCGUAAGGUUUCCGGUAGCGGCUCCGCUCCAGACUCAAAGACGGCGUCAACAAGGGAGGUGUCCCCGGGGAAGUCCUGGGACUCAUGGAGCGACAGUGAGGACGAGUUCUUUGAGUGCCUGAGUGACCAGGGGGACAUAGAGGCUCCACAUACUGAGGCAGAAAAAAAUGGCACUAAAAGUAAAGCAGAGGGUCGGCUCCACCCCUACAACAACACCACUCUACUCAACUCUACGGAGCCGCUCUACAUUCCUGUCACACAGGAACCUGCUCCCAUGACAGAGGAUCUGUUAGAGGAGCAAUCAGAAGUCCUGGCCAAGCUCGGCACAUCAGCUGAAGGCACCCACCUCCGCGCCCGGAUGCAGAGCGCCUGUCUUCUCUCUGACAUGGAGUCCUUUAAGGCAGCCAACCCAGGCUGUGUUCUGGAGGACUUUGUGCGCUGGUACUCGCCCAGAGAUUACGUGGAGGAGGAGUCGGUCGAUGAAAAUGGCGUCAAAGUUGUGAAAGGCGAGCUCAGCGCCAGGAUGAAGAUCCCAGGCAACAUGUGGGUGGAGGCCUGGGAGACGGCCAGGGUCACACCUGCACGCCGCCAGAGACGACUCUUUGAUGACACUAAAGAGGCUGAAAAGGUGCUUCACUACUUGGCAGUGAUGAAACCUGCAGACCUGACCUACCACCUCCUGCCCUGCAUCCUCCACGCUGCCAUUCUGAAGCUGAAGGAGGAAGAGUCAGUAGAAGACAUUCCAUCAGUCAAAAAAAUCAUCCAGCAAGUUACGAGUCAAGCCUGCAAGCUGCUGCACCCCCUCAACCAUGACGAGAAGAAGGUCGAGGAUUUAAUUAACCAGUUGAUGGCGAUGGAGACGGCCAUCACCCGAGCCCGCUCGCUUAAGGCCAAGUUUGCCAUCGGUGAGGGCGGGAAGGGAGAGGACACAGAAGAGCUGGAGAAGUUUGUGAGCUCACUGCUGGAAGAACCAGAGGUGGUGGUGAUUGGAGCUGGACAGGGUCCGACAGGCAGCAUCAUCCACAGGCUGUUUGUCAACGCUCAGAGGCUGGCUGACUUCACCAAUGAUGAGGCUGCCCUCUUGGCUCCCCUGGACGAUGACUUGGUGCGAGACAAGAAGACGACCGGAGGAAGCGCUAAAGUGCCUGACUUCCCUCCUCCAGCAGGACGGGAGAUCAUCCUGCGUACGUGUGUCCCUCGGCCCGCUCCGUACUCCAAAGCUCUGCCUCAGCGGCUGUUCUGUGUGUUGAUGAGGGAGGAGUUCAGGCUGGCGGGGGCCUUCUCUUCAGACACUUCCUUCUUCUAAAACCAAACGCCUGUUAGACAGCAUCUCAUCUGAAACCAUGUUCCACCUGCCGAUGAUGAUUUACAGCUUGAAGCCAGAAGUUAAAAGCAGUAGAUUACAUGAGACGGCAUAUUAAAAUGAUUCAGUUUCUUUAGUUGGUCGACAUGUUGAUAAUGAGUUUGUUUGUGGAUACAAAUGCUUGUUCAGUAAAUGUUUUUAUUCAGGCGUUACAUAGGGCUGGGCGAUACGGACCAAAAGUCAUAUCUCAAUAUAUUCAGACAAAUGGAUAGAUAGGACUUUAUUGAAAUUUGUCUUUGGCUUCUCCAAUAUAUAAAAUACUAACAUGACACACAUAAAAACAUACAAUCUCUGAAUAAACAAAUACACAUAAGUUAUAAAUAAAUACUCUAGCAAUACACUACACACUAGUAAAUACAUACAGCAACAAACAGGCUGAAUAAUGAUAUACGAUAUAUAUUCCGGUAUUUUUAUCAAAAAGUGAGAGCAAAUUUUCAGUCAAAGUCAUAUAUGACAUGUCACCUUUUUGUACUCAAAUUUAUUCAAAUUUCCAUAAAUUGCACAUUUUAAAUAAAAAAAUAUCUUAAAUAAAAAUAACCAAUUAAAUAAAAUAGGCCAAUCUUUUUCUGAAAUAAAUAUAUUUAUAAGAGAAAAGAAUAACGAACACUACAAUAGAACUAAAUAUGACAAAUCCUAGUAAGGGCAGCAUUUAUAUAUAUAUA